CUAUUUUUUUCACCAAAAACCUUCAAUUACACAUCUUUCCACAUUCAUAUUACGAAACUUAAAAGAGAAAAAAAUGGCAACCCUUACUGUCAUUAGAUUUGUUACACUAGCCAGCAUACUAAUGGGGUUGUUCAGCUCUGCCAUGAGUCAGAACUGUGGUUGUGCACCAAACCUAUGCUGUAGCCAGUAUGGAUACUGUGGUAGUGGCAACCCUUAUUGUGGUCCUGGGUGCCGUUCAGGGCCUUGUUUUGGUUCCGGUGGUGGUGGUGGUGGCGGCGGUGGUGGUUCGGUUGGGAAUAUCGUAACCGAUGGGUUUUUCAAUGGAAUUAUUAACCAGGCUGGUGGUAAUUGUGCUGGGAGGGGUUUCUAUACACGUAAUGCAUUUCUUGAAGCAGUUAAAUCGUAUCCAAGUUUUGCAUCUGGGAGUCAAGAAGCUGCCAAACGUGAAAUUGCUGCAUUCUUUGGUCAAGUAACUCAUGAAACUGGACAUUUUUGCUAUAGAGAUGAAAUUAACGGUGCAAGCCACAACUACUGUGAUCCAAACAGUGCAGGAAAUCGAUGUACUCCCGGCGCGCUAUACUUUGGCCGAGGACCAAUCCAAUUGACAUGGAACUUCAACUACGGACCUGCUGGAAGAAGUAUUGGUUUUGAUGGACUAAACGCUCCCGAAACUGUAUCGAACGACCCAAUCAUCUCGUUCAAGACCGCGUUAUGGUUUUGGACAAACAACGUUCAUCCAGUCAUGAACCAAGGGUUUGGUGCUACAACUCGUGCUAUUAAUGGUGCCUUAGAGUGCAAUGGUAGAAACCCUGGUACAGUUCAGACUAGGGCGAAUUACUAUACCCGUUAUUGCAGUCAACUCGGUGUUUCACCAGGAGGUAACCUAUUGUGCUAGAAUCUCGAUUCCUGGUGAUGGUGAAACAAUAAAAUUGCCUCUUAUCUUUAAUUUUUGGUCUAAAUAAAAAGCUAAGAAAUAAGGUAAAGACAGAACAGUGUCUUGGUCUAGUCUUUGUUGUCCGUUGAACCUUUCUAAGCAUGGCCGCCUGCAUAAGCUUGUGAAUUCAAGUACUUCCAAUACGGCUGUGAUUUAAAUCAAUGUAAGCUUUAUGAAAUGUAUAUCUUAUCAGAGUAUGAAUUGUCGUAUCUUUUUAUACUAGAUUUGUGUUUUUGU